CUAUGGGUUGGUGCCAUAAGAAUUCAGAAUCACAUUGUUAUGUCCUACUGAGUUAAUUUGAGACUAUAGACAAGGUUUUACCUGUAUUUAUUUUGUGAGAUAUUUAUUUAUGUAUUUGUGAUUAGAAAAAGUAAAGCUUCUAAAGUUUCUUUUUUUAUGACGGAUAAGCGGCGUGUUCAGAGGGUGCAGGACGCGGAACUGCUGGACGCCUAUUGCUGAGAGGCGGUGGUGGUAGAUGUCCGCUCCACCCAGGAUUGGAAACUCAAAAAAACCAAAAAAACAAAACCCUUCCUUCAUUUCACACUGCAUUGGCGCAUCAUUUCAUACCACGGAAACGUUUCAGUUGUGCGAGCGGUCAACUAAACUUUUAAAACAUUUUCUUAAAAACGUAGAUAUUCUCAAGAGAAAGACAAACAAUUCUCACGUCAAGAGGAAACUCGAUCAAGAUAAUUUCAUAAUUCCAAAGAGUGCUGCUGGGAAAUUUAACGGAACAUGUAAUACUCGUCUGACAGUAGAAAUCUACCAUUCAUCAUGAGAAGUCUUCCGUCAAGGCGCGAUAUCCCAGUGACUGUCCUGAGCCUGUGUGUGUUAUGCCAGAGCUUAAGCUCAGUAUCUGAAACACAAACAACUAAUGGGACCUCACUCCCAUUGAGCAGUACAGCCACUAAUACAGAUGUAACUCAAACAGCAUCAUUGAGCAGUAUAGCCACUAAUACAGAUGUAACUCAAACAGCAUCAUUGAGCAGUACAGCCAUUAAUACAGAAGUAACUCAAACAGCAUCAUUGAGCAGUACAGCCAUUAAUACAGAUGUAACUCAAACAGCAUCAUUGAGCAGUACAGCCAUUAAUACAGAUGUAACUCAAACAGCAUCAUUGAGCAAUACAGCCACUAAUACAGAUGUAACUCAAACAGCAUCAUUGAGCAGUACAGCCACUAAUACAGAUGUAACUCAAACAGCAUCAUUGAGCAGUAUAGCCACUAAUACAGAUGUAACUCAAACAGCAUCAUUGAGCAGUACAGCCACUAAUACAGAUGUAACUCAAACAGCAUCAUUGAGCAGUACAGCCACUAACAGAGAUGUAAAUCAAACAGCAUCAUUGAGCAGUAUAGCCACUAAUACAUAUACAAAUCAAACAUUAUCAUCUUUCAUAACUAAUACAACCAUCACAAACCCAUUAACAUCAUCCACACUGAGCACUGAUACAAAGGGACAAAGUCAAACGGUAUCCACGCCAUCCAUCACCACAGCGAGCACAACUGGAGGAACCCGAGCAACAUCACCUGCUUUCAGCACUACCUCGGUCACCUCAGAUGGACAAAUUUCAAUAAUCUCAUCCACAUCCAAUGCUUCUGCCAAAGGGCCAACUCUAGGAACAACACCUGCAUCUACUGCUUCUGUGCCAUCUACAGUCAUAACCAGUACAAGGAUUACAAAUGUGGUUGCAAAUCUUAGUGUCUCUAUCAAAACAACAUCAUCUGUGUCUCUAACCUGGAAUUCGUCAAAUGGGAACAGCUCUUUCUAUAGAGUACAGUGGACCGAUGGCAGAGUAUCUAACACUUCAAAUACGUUUUACACAGUCACUGGUCUGACUCCUGGAGUGAACUACACAUUCAAUGUUACUGCAGUAGCUGGAGAUGGAGUUACUGCAGGAACACCUGCUUCCACCUCAACAUUCACAAAUCCAGAUGUUGUUGGAAAUCUCCAAGUGUCUAUCAAAACCACCUCAUCUGUGUCCCUAAACUGGAAUUUGUCAAAUGGCAACAGCUCCUCCUAUAGAGUACAGUGGACCAACGGCUCAGUAUCUAACAGCACUAACACUUCAAAUACGUCUUACACAGUCACUGGUCUGACUCCUGGAGUGAAAUACACAUUCAGUGUUACUGCAGUAGCUGGAGAUGGAGUUACUGCAGGAGCACCUGCUUCCAUCUCAAUAUUCACAAAGCCAGAUGUCAUCAGAAACAUCAGUGCUACUGAAAUCACAAUAUCAUCAGUGUUUCUGAACUGGUCUGAACCAAAUGGGCAAAGAUCUUUAUUUAGAGUACUAUGUACCACUGAUAAUAACAGCACCAUUUCUCAUAAUACAACUAAUUCAAGAUUCUUUAAUAUCACUGGUCUCAUUUCCGGAGAAAGAUACACUUUCUUGGUAACUGCUAUUGCUGCAGAUAACUCAACAGAGGGUCAAUCAGUUGAACUUUCAUCUUAUACAAAUCCAGACAUCAUCAGAAAUCUCACUGCUGUCAAAAUCACAUCAUCAUUUGUGUAUCUGACCUGGAUCGAACCAAUAGGAAAGAGAGCUUUCUUCAGAGUGUUCUGGAAUAAGAACAGUACAAGUUUCAAUGAAGCUAAUGUUACAGCAACUUUCUCUAAUAUUACUGGGCUCAUUCCUGGAUCAAAUUACUCAUUUAAUGUCUCCGCUGUUGCUGCUGAUAACUCAACAGUAGGCAACCCAGUUUACCUUUCCAUGUGUACAAAUGCAAGUCCUGUUCUUGACUACAACUGUGAAGGACCAAAUCGCACGACUUUCCUGAACCUUACAUGGAAGGAUCCCUUGGGCAGCAACCAGGGCUUUAAUAUCACCCUCAGUGGAGAAAACCGUCACUCCGUUCAAUCAUGUGGAACUGUUUGCAACGCAAGUUGGCAUGGCCUUCAGUACUCCACAAGUUACAGUCUGAGCAUUGUAACCCUAGGAUGUGGUCAAAGUGGGAUAUUGAAUUUUACAUGCAAAACAGGUUUUACUGAGCCACCAAUUCCUACUGCAUUCAAUAUAAGAAUAAUAAAUGAAUCUCCUGAAGGAGCCCAGAAAAAAAAAGUAACAAUUCAAUUCAGUGCCAAUUUUCUGAAUGAUGCUCACGGACCAAUUGAAGCCUACGGUGUUUUGCUGUCAACUGAUAGUGCCAAUAACUCCAUCGGUUUCCUGGCAAAAAACUAUGAUGAUUGGAUGAAAGACAUGACAAUGACUUAUCUCACAGUUCUGAAGACAAAUGAAAAUACCAGAAGCAGUGUAAAUACCAGCAUUGAGAUUGAAAUAGGAAAUAACAAGACGGGUUCAGUCAAUGGUACAAAUUAUAUAAAUGGACCUUUGGAUGCUCAAAGGAAGUACAGUUCAGCACUUGUUCUGUUCACCUACUUGAAGAUCACUGGAGGACUUGUGGACAUCUCAGAUUCAUUUUUCUCUAUUUCGCCUUUUGUCACACUGUUGAAUCCAAAACCAAGCAACACUGUUGCCAUUGUUUUGGGGGUUCUGUCCAUCAUUAUUCUGAUGAUCAUCAUCACCAUCAUCCUGGUCUUCAUCAUUCAGAAGAGAAGAACAAAAAAGAAUGAAACAGAAAUUCCUGUGAACACUUUAAGGAAUAAAGUUAGCAUUCCUGUGAGAGUAGAGGACUAUGAGGCUUACUUCAAGAAACAGCAAGCGGAUUCCAAUUGUGGAUUUGCUGAAGAGUAUGAGAAUAUCAAAGUUGUUGGAACUGCUCAGGCCAAGAUUAGUGCCCUUGCUUUGGAGAACAAGGUGAAGAAUCGCUACAAUAAUGUUCUACCCUAUGAUAUCUCUAGAGUCAAGUUGUCGAUACAUGGCAGCACAUUUGAUGACUACAUCAAUGCAAACUACAUUCCAGGAUACAACUCAAAGAAGGAGUACAUAGCCGCUCAGGGGCCGCUUCCCGUCACUGUGAAUGAGUUCUGGAGGAUGAUCUGGGAAAAGCAUGUCCAAACCAUGGUGAUGCUGACAAGGUGCAAUGAGCAAGGACGUGUUAAAUGUGAGAAAUACUGGCCAUCUGAGACCAAGCUGUACAAUAACAUUAUUGUGACAACCACAUCAGAAAUUGCCCUGGAGGACUGGACAAUAAGAGACUUUACCAUUAAAAAUGUGAAGACAGCUGAGUCCCGUGAAGUGCGUCACUUCCACUUCACGGCCUGGCCUGAUCAUGGCGUGCCUGAGACCACAGAAGUGCUCAUUAACUUCAGACAUCUGGUGAGGGAGCACAUGGACCACUACUCCUGCAAUUCCCCCACAAUUGUGCACUGCAGUGCUGGUGUGGGCAGGACUGGGACUUUUAUUGCCCUUGAUCACCUGAUCUUCCAGAUUGAGAGGGAAAGCAUAGUAGACAUUUAUGGGAUUGUCCAUAACAUGCGCAUGCACCGACCACUUAUGGUGCAGACAGAGGACCAGUACGUGUUCCUGAAUCAGUGUGCUGUGGAUAUCAUCAAAUCCAGAAUGGGGACCAAUGUGGACCUAAUUUAUCAAAAUGCAACUGCGUUCCAUGUCUAUGGGAACAUCCGCUAAAGAUGGAAUUGAGUGACAUACACCUUAGGAUCACAAUAUUAGGGAAAUCAGGAAUUUUGUAAAAUCCGUGGGAGCCGUUUUGUUGGCCAAAUGGGUGUCACAAGAGUCUGACUGACAUAAGUGGAUAUUUUAAUAAUAAUAUGCCAUAAGUGCCAGUUUUACAUAUUUGUGGUGUUUAGCAGAAAAUGUGCUUCCUGUAAAACUUUUACAUGCAUUAGGCAUUUUGAUCUCAAACUGUAAGCCACUGAUAUGCAAAUAUGUUGCAUUUUAGAAUGAAACUACUCUCAGGCUUUACUCUUCAUGAGAUUUCCAUUUUCUAAAAUGAUGAGAAAAUGAACUAAUAAGACAUAGAAACAUUUGUAUAUUUUAUAUACUUGGUUUGAAAAACCAUGGUAAGAUGUGAAUAUUUUAUAUAUAAUAUUUAUAAAGUUAUGUUUUAGACUUUUUUAAAGUUAGGUUUUAGACUUUAAUGCUUUAGCACAUUUUAAUGUAAUUUAAAUGUCUUAUUUGUGAACAAUUUGUAUUGCUUUUUAGCACAGUGGUUACAAUGGACCACAUAUUCCUUAAUUUGAAAAUAUAUUUUCCACAACAUUUGUGAUACUGGGUCCAUAUAACCUUGUAGUUGAAUUUAUGAGUUAAAAUAUAACAUGUAUGUUAUAUGCUUUUCUUUCUUACUAUAAAUAUGUGACAGAAAGCUACAGCAGAAUUGUAUUUUCAAAAGGGAAAUAUGGCAUUAGGGAUCUGUAGUUUCAUCUAAAACAAUUUCAAAACAAUGUUAUAUGCUCUACAUAUGAUGUGGAUGCCGUUUACUUGAUUGGCUAGGUUUGCGGAAAAAGGUAUUAUCCCCCGCAAUCUUAAUCUAAUAUGGACAAAGUGAACUGUGGGUGUCUCUCACACACAAAGUAAAAAAUGUGGAAUUCAGAGUAAUCAUACCAUCUUAUGUUACAUAAGAGGUUGAAUAUGUAUGCUGUUAGACAUUAUAGCAGAACUACAAACGAAUGUGUUUGACUAGAUUGCGCAUACUGGCAUUCUGUAGCAAGACUGCUGCUUUUGAAGUUAAUACAGUAAAACGGUAAGUCAAAUGCUUUUACACUGUGGGGAAGAUGACCUACCAGCUUAACAUCCACAUAGGUACAGGACCUACAUUAUUGUUUUAUAUAGUUGUCAGCCUUAAAGAACUGACUUCAAAAUGUAAGUGUUUUUCAAUCGCUGACGUAUAUACAACCUUGACUGCAUUUGAGCUGUGGGGUCACCCUUCAUUCUCUAUCAAUUGGCCGAUCAUCUUACUGUAAACCCUUUAGUAUGUAUUAAAUUGUACAUGCACUUACUGUAUUUUAAUGCUGUGAAGAGGUUAAUUGUUUCAUUUUGAAAGUGAAUCUUCUAUAGUGAUGCGCAGCACAGCUCGGUCUUCUCUGCUAAUAUAGGAUCAAACGUGCAUGCCUGAUAAUUCAACAAGACUUGUCAUUUAGGUACUGGAAAUGUAGACAAAUUAAAUAUCUAUAUUUUAUAUGUAGAUUUUUACUUGGCACUAAAAUGUUUGUGCACUUUUUCAGUGCACAGCUAAUGCGUCUAUACUGUCUGAUCUUAUUAACACUGUCAAUACCGUUAAGAUUUGGACAACUUUGUGCAAUACUUUGCUAUUAAAUUAACAUAAAAAUGUUAGGACAGUUAUCCUGUAUCAUUAUGUAACUGUUCAUUUAUAGUGUGUCAUUUCAAACCUCGUUUAAUUAAACUAUAGAUUUUUAAAUGA